CAAUGGGUGCGCUAUGUGACUACCUCUUAGUGGGCAGAGCAGUCAUGGCAUCAUUCACAGAAUUCAAUUAAAGCAAUGUGGUCGAUUCCCAACGGAGAAAAAUUUAACGUAAAAAUCAAAACAACUAACGAGUGAAAACAUUGUGAUAAUCUGUUUCGUGUGUUGUUUCUGAAUAUUUGGGGGUUUAAACAAGUGGACUUCAAAAAAACAGAUCAUAUCGCUUAUGCAAUUGUAUUUCGUUGCUAUUUAAAAAUGCAUAUUCAUCCAAGUUCACCUGAAUCAGAUUUUGGCCAGACAGUUCAGAGGGAAGAAAACGCAGCAAUCAAAAUACAAGCAGGAUUUCGUGGUUAUCGCGUAAGGAAGCAGAUGCAAAAUCAACCACAAAUCAAUGCACCGAAUUACUACAUACAGCAAAGGCAGCAGCAAAUUUCGGAUCCAUUGCAUAUAAAUAUAGAAAAUAGUACAACACUACAAAAUAUUAACCCAAUCACAAAUAAAAAUAGUUCUAAGUUUGAAGUAGAAAGUUCUACAAAGGAAGAUCAAUGCGCUACCAAAAUACAAGCAAGUGUACGGGGUUUUUUGGUGCGAAAGAAACAGAAAAUUGCUACGGAUGCGGCAACAAAAAUACAAGCGAGCUUCCGAGGUUUCAAAGCGCGGAAAGAGGCACAAAACUUGAAACUGAAAUAAAAUAAACAAAGUGUUAUAAUAUAAUAUAAUGAGUGCUAACUAGUUACCCCAUUAUAUUGUUCUUACAUUUUCUUCAAGGCUAUUUUAUUAUUUUUAAUCUAAGAAUUAAACACAAUUUUUCUGAACAUAAAAUAUUCAGUGACUUCUAGGCUGAUAGUAAUUAGUUUGACGUCAUUUAAAAUUACAUUCACAUACAUGAGUGCUCUCUUUGUUACUAAAAAGUUAUUAUUACGUUAUUUCAAUUGUAAGCAUAAAGGAACCUGUACAUGUACAAGUAUAAGAAAAAACAUUCAUUUGUGAAUUUACAUACAUAUGUUACAUGUUAUGUACAUUAAAAAAAGUGUGGAAAUUAUUUGAUUAUGCGCUCUUGGUAAAUUAUAAAUAAUUUACACAAAUUUUAACGCUUAGAAUUAAUUUUCCGCUUUUCAUCAUUCAUUUAAAUUAACAUAAUACGGAUAUUUUUUGUGAAAUUUUAAGAAUAUCUUAAAAAAUUAUGAAUACUUAUAAGUAUGAAUAGUUGUUAAGUUUGGCCGCAUUGUAAUAGUAUUGCAUUUAUGUACAUGUAAACUUAAUUCUAUAUAUGUACAUAUGUACGAGUGUAUGGGAUAAUAAUAAAUUAUGAUGGUAUAUA